AAAUUAAUGAUCAUGAGCUCGUAUUUGAUGGAGUCUAACUACAUUGAUCCGAAAUUUCCUCCAUGCGAGGAAUAUUCGCAAAAUAACUACAUCCCCGAGCACAGCCCCGAAUAUUACGGCCGCGCCAGGGACCCGGGCUACCAGCAGCAUCACCACCAGGGCUUGUAUCCGCCUCCUCCACCGCGGGCCAGCUACCAGGAGCGCCAGUAUAACUGUGCAAGCAUCCCCGAGCCCGACACGCCGAGGGGACAUGGGAUAGCCCACUCCGCGCAUCUGCUGACCGGCAAGGGGCAGCCCGCUUCGUGCGAGACCCCACAGUUGUCCAUGUCCCCCGCCACCCCUCCGGCCGCAGCCUCCGCCUGCAACCAAGCCACCCCGGAGCACCCGAACAGCGCCGCCUCCUCCAAGCAGCCCGUGGUGUAUCCCUGGAUGAAGAAGAUCCACGUCAGCACCGUGAACUCGGGUUACAAUGGGACGGAGCCCAAGCGGUCUCGGACAGCAUACACCCGCCAGCAAGUGUUGGAACUGGAGAAGGAGUUCCACUAUAACCGCUAUUUGACUCGCAGGAGGCGCAUCGAGAUCGCCCACACCCUGGUCCUGUCCGAGCGCCAGAUCAAAAUCUGGUUUCAGAACCGCAGGAUGAAAUGGAAAAAGGACCACAGGCUGCCCAACACCAAAGUGCGGUCCUCGUCCUCUUCCGCCUCCAACUCCAGCUCGGCAGCCGGCGCCGUGGUCCCUUCCUCGGUCACAAACACAGGGGCCUCCGAUGAACUGAGCGGAGCCCAGCAUGGCGAGGAUAUUACCAGGUUAUAA